AUGCCUACACCCGAAUCGGAGUCGUUUCUGCGCCAGAAACCCAAAGUGCCGCCAACAUUCCAGGGCGUGGAUUUCCAAGACAAUGAAGCGGUCGCCGAUGCAAGAGAUGCCAUUGUUCGAGAACAGUGGGUUCAGAGAAUGAUGAGGAGGUUGGUGGGAGAGGAAAUGGGCAAGUGCUACGCGCGCGAGGGAGUCAACCAUCUUGAGAAAUGUGGAAAAUACAGAGACCGCUAUCUCCAGCUCCUCAAAUCUACUCGCGAAGCCGGUUUCCGUGGGCAGCAACAGAAUUAUAUCCCCGGUGUAGACGGCCCCGCAGGCGGACCAGAGAUUCAUACAAACUACCCGAGUGCGCAAGAGGCGAAGGGGUCCAGAGGAUCAGAUCUCAGACCGGGCAACACAACAGGAAAGGGUGGCAAUACACUGUACUAG